AUGUCGAAUUCGAAUUUUACCAAUAUGUCGAAACAACAAUAUAGUAUUUGCCCCACCAACGGUCGUCAAACCGUUGGAGAUGGGGCUUUCACAACCGACAUGACUCCUAGCGUGAUUGCAGUCUGCCACAUGGAGGGCACAAACUCCAUGUACUACUACUCUACUACGUUCUCUGGAGGGCCCGGGGUAAGUCUUGGCGGUUUUGACACCCCUACCACAAAAUGCCCUCCUGACCGAGGGUCGCCAGACUGGGUGACAGACAGUCUGGCGCCAUCUACUCUUCCCGCCCUCUCCUCCUCUCCCACUUCCUCCUUCGCCUCUUACAACGACUCUUCCGACUCCACGCUAUCGUCAAUCGGUCCCCAUAUUCAUCCCAGUCUCCAAACGAGUUUCGUCGCGCCUCCCUUCGACUACCCCCCGACUCCACCUCCGGAGGAGGCGUCUCUCGGUUCUUCCCCGGAGUUCUCGCAUGCCGCGCUUCCCAAUGUCAGUGCUCCCCGUGUGAUCCCUCAGGCCCACCCGCAAGUGCGUCGCACGAGUUCGGUCGCAGCGACGGGACUGGCUACCCCUCCCUUGACUCCGGACAAUAGAUCGGAGGCCGGUGUUGGGAGCCUUUCCGCUCUCGGCGCUAAGCAAUCUGCAUUCCUUUCCGUGCUCUUCCCUCGGAAUGCCCUCGGAGCCGCUCAACACGCAAAAAGCGUGUCGAUCGCAACGCCUGGCACCGGUGCCACGUUCGAAGGCGUCGUGCUUUCACUGCCCGGCAAGCCGAAGACGUUCUAUGUUGACGGCAAGUACGCGGCCACCGUAAAUCUUCGUGAAAGCAUUGUCGCCUUGUUGGACCUCGCCGACGAGCAGCUCGGAUGCAAUGCUCUCGUAAUCGUCCUCGAACGCUCCUCGCCCGCCCUAGGCGAUCUUCUCCACUCUCUCAUGUACGUGGGCGGUCAGGUGGUCACAAAGCCUCCGUUCCCCACCGAUCCCGCGUAUGUGCUGGUGGGUAUGGAGAUUUAA